AUGAAAGGCAAAAAGGGCGGUCGAAGACAUCGCAGUAAUAGCAAUAUAUCCAAUGGAUCAAACAAUGAGAGACUCUCUCACAAAGAAGCUUUGAUGAAGAAAUACGAUGUCAUCACAAUGAAAAUGGCAAAUAAUAUUUGAGUCUCUGAGCUUCCAAUCAUAAAAGGAGAGGAAGAGAAGUCUCCUGACACUUCUACUACUUCAGGACCUCCAAAGGGUUUGAACAACAUGGGAAAUACAUGUUUCCUUAACUCCACUUUGCAAUGUUUGUUGCAUACUAUUCCAUUAAGGAACUAUUUGCUGUCUCAGAUCCAUAGCAAAUAAGUGUAAAGUAAAGAGGAACUGAGCGUUCUGAUUUCUUGAACAGUUCAUGAUAGAAUACGAAGGUGGUAGGAAACGCCACUUAACUCCCAAGAAUAUCGUCAAUAAUCUCAAGAAGAGUUGGAAGCAAUAUAGAUUUGGCCGCCAAGAAGAUGCUCAUGAAUUUUUAGUAAUGUUUCUACAAGGUAUACUUAGAGCUUCAUUCGGGAACUCUCCAAAACUUGCAAAGAAAUAUGAGCAGUUAACAAUGAUCUACAGAGUGUUUGCAGGAAAAUUAAGAAGCCAGGUUAAAUGUCUAAGCUGUGCUUAUUGCUCCAAUUCGUAUGAGCCGUUCCUAGCAUUAAGUCUUGACGUGUCCAAAUCUCAAACAUUUGAGGAGUGUAUUAGAAACUUUUGAAAAUCUGAGUUCUUAGAUGGACAGAAUAAGUACAAGUGAGGAGGCUGCAACAAGCUCUCUAAAGCCAGCAAGAAGAUGACUAUCUUUCAGCCUCCAAGAAUUCUCAUGCUUCAGUUCCUUCGGUUCACUUAUACAGGUAAAAAGAUAGGAAAGCAUAUUAAGUUCCCUAAGAACUUUAAUUUAAGAGCGUUUGUCUCUGAAAAUGUUGAUUCAAAGGCGCCGAAAGAAGAACAAACCAGUCAUGUUUAUUCCCUCUACGGUGUUAUCGUUCAUGCAGGUAGAUCUACCAGAGCCGGACAUUACUACUCAUUUGUUAAGAGAAACAAUAAGUGGUAUAUGUGCAACGAUGAUUCUAUUUCAGAAGUGAGAAAUAUUGACCAAGUGCUAAAGCAAAAUGCCUAUAUGCUAAUCUAUCAAUACCGCAUUAGAGAUGGGAAAAAGACAAAGAAGAAGCAAGUAGCAGAGAAAGCCUCAGCUCCUAAACCAGCUGCUCCAGUCAUCCCAACUCCUGCUCUCGAUCUUAACCUAUCUAGAACCAAAUCUCUCUCAGCCGAGAUUAUGGAAAGCCAUACGAAGAAAAAUAACGGAGAAAUGCCCCUUAGUGGCUUCUUCGAGGGAAAAGAAGAUGUCAAUUCAGACGAAGAGGAAGAGAAGCUUGUCGCUAAAGAGCCAAUGACUGAAAAGGAAAAACAAAAAUUCACAGAACUUGAUUACAUAAUGGACAAUUUUGAAGACGUAAAUUUUGAUGAUAUUAAGAACCUUGAUAUCAUGAAAAACUUAAGCAUUGUCAGCCUUAAUGAUGAAAUUGUUACCCCAGAACUGAAGACAUAUAUCUCUAGGACCAUUAUGAAGCAGAAGGCUGAGAGGAUGGAGCAAGCUCUUCCAUUAAACCCGACUCAGAGUACUUCCUCUACAGCUCCAGGUAAUUCUCAAAAUAACCAAGAAGCUCCGAAACUGAAAAAGAUUGCUCAACCUCCACUAUUCGACACUCCAGAGCCAGAGAAGGAGAAACCUGCCAAAUUCGCUGAAGAGCCAGAGCCAGAUUCCAUACUAAAAUCAGAGACAGACAUAAAGAAAUACCUAAGCAAGAAGAGAGACCUCAAAGCUCAAAGAAAGAAACAGAAAGCAGCAGCAAAUAGUCAAAAGCAGGCCUCAGACCCAACGAAUACUGCAAGAAAAGGGUCGGAUAAAUACAAAGGUAAAAAUGGAGCGAGAAAAAGAGGGAAAAGAGCUCAGAAAGCAGCCAAAAUACCUCAGAAAUCGAAGAAAGCACAGACAAAUACUCAGGGAAAGUUCGAUACUUUAGUUCAGAAGAUCCUUAAUGCAAAAUAAGCUAUGAAAAGAUGUAAGCUGUUGGUUUAGAACUAAUUUCAGUUUGAGUUAG